AGGUUGCUCUUUCCAAGGCCGUCGAACACAGGCCCCAGACGAGCACCCUGCGUGUGUGAACCUGCUGGCAGCGACACCUGCGCGGUGCAGCGCGGGGCCUUGGGGCCGUGGCACAGCCCAGGUUAAUGACUCUGUUGGCACUGUGAUAAGCUCCCUGCCCGCGGUCCCUGCCCGCUGGCUGCCUGCCCGCGGCCGCUGCCCUGCCCGCGCCGCUCCAUUGAGGAAAGCGCCCGGAGCGCUGCGGGCACAGCCAAUCCGGCGGCGCCGCUCCGGCCGCGGCGGUCAAGGCUGCCGGGGGCGUUGCACCACUGACCCGGCCCUAUAAAGCCGCCCGGAGCCGCCGUGCGCGCCAGAGCCGGAGCCAGCCCGCGGCCAGCCCCGCAGCGCCUGGCAGGGGUCUCAGGGCUGCGUCCUCUCGCCCAGGCUCCAGCUGCCCGGCUCGGCCAUGACCAGCAGCGGCACGGCCAUGGACUGUGAGAGGUGCCAGUGCCACGGCGAGGACAAGCGCACUGCCAUCCUCUACAGCCUCCUGAGCCGCGGGCGGGGGGCCCCGGGGCAGCGGCGCUGCCUGUGCCCGCAGCCCCGCACCGUCUGCCUGCGCACGCCCCGCGCCACCUGCCAGGCUGCCUGCGCAGUGCUGGCCAAAACCGUCAGCUUCAUCCGGAACCUGCCCUCCUUCCACCUGCUGCCCGGGGAGGACCAGCUCCAGCUGCUGGGCAGCUGCUGGGUGCCCCUCUUCCUCCUGGGGCUGGUGCAGGAGAUGGUGACCUUCGAGGUGAUGGAGACCCCAGCCCCCAGCAUGCUGAAGAAGAUUCUCCUCGACGGGCAGAGCCAGCGGCAGGAGCCCGAGCGGACGCAGCCCACGCUGGCUGCCGUGCAGCGGCUGCAGUGCUGCCUCAACACCUUCUGGAGCCUGGAUCUCAGCCCCAAGGAAUAUGCCUACCUGAAGGGAGCCAUCCUCUUCAAUCCUGACGUGCCAGGGCUGAAAGCUUCCCUGUACAUCGAGAGCCUGCAGCGGGAGGCGCAGCGAGCCCUGCAGGAGGUGCUGCAGCCGCUGCACCCCGAGGACCAGAGCCGCUUCGCUCGCAUCCUGCUGAUCGCUUCCACCCUCAAGUCGAUGCCUCCUGCCCUCGUCACAGACCUCUUCUUCCGCCCUGUCAUCGGCAGCGCCGACAUCGUGGAGCUCAUGGCCGAGAUGCUCUACGAGAUCACCGGGGGGCAGCUGGCCCCGACCCUGCCCGGGGCCCGCUGAGCCGCCUGCAGCCCCGGGGGUGCUCCCCACGCCUCUCCCGGCCAGCAGAGUGGAUCUGGGCGGAGCAGACUCGGCAAGACCAGCGCCCUGGGCCCCGCGGGGCUGCAGGGUGCAGCCAGGCUGCUGCAGAGCACAGAGACACAGCUCCAGCCCAGCACAGCUCCCCAGCGACUCCUGCUCCAGCCCUGCUGGGAGUGUGUUUGCAGCUAAGGGCUUUCCUUCUCGAGAGGGCUUCCUCCUAGAGCAGCUCAGCCAGCAGUGACCAGAGCACAGAGCUGGUCAGGUCAGAGCCCAGGCCCGUUUUCGCUCCCUCACCCCUUGAGCACAGUGGCAGCUCUGCUGCCACUCCAGGCAGUGCCAUCUGGCCACAGCUGGCAGCUUGGUUCUGUGGUGCUUGGCCCCACUGUAGAACAGGACUCAGGGAGAUUGCUUCCUGAGAGCAAACAGCAUGGAGCUAGGGCUGGGCGAAGUCUGCUCUGUCUGUUGUGCUUGAAGGCUGAGAGGUACUCAUGAUAGACCUUCCUGAGGCUCCGAGAGGGCCGAAGGCAGGGGACAGACUCUUGCAGGCUGUGCAGGUUCGUCUGCCCCAGAUGUGGUGUUCCUACGUGGAACCCACCAGGAUUUCUCCCAGAGCCAGCAAAUCACAGCACACUUUGGGUGGGAGAGGACCUUGGAGACCCUCUGGUUCCGACGUCAGGUUACCUUGAGAGCACCUGAACCUCCUGCACAUCACCUGCAGCUGUGAACCCUCAGCUGUGACCACUGCAGAGGUGACCUGAGUUGGCAGAACCAAAUGGCCCUGCCUGGACUGGGGGCCUGGAGGGCUUUGUCCUGCUGCCUGCAGCUCCUGCGAGGAGCUACCACCAGUGCCUGCUGGCACAGCUGCCUCUGCUCUGUACAUAAGGGACAGUAAAUUAUUUCUUUUGUAGCAAAA